CACGGGUUUACGCUACAAGGGCUGAUCCGGGGGAGGGGGCGGCGGCUCGUUUCAGCACCAGGCUGGCCGCGGACAGCGGCGGCGGCGGCUCAGGCUCGGCGACUCUCCGCUUCUCCCCCGGCGGGCUCCGCUUCGGCGACGGGGGACGGCGGGUCCCUGCGCCUGUGCGUCUCUCUCCCCGCCGGGCGCCCUCCGCGGCGCAGGCUGAGCCAGCCCGGAGCGGCGCGGACGGGGCGGUGAGGGGCGCGGAGACCGUGGGCAGGAAGAGGGAGAGAGGACAGGGCGAGAAGGGGGCCCAGCUUCCAGCCCGCUUUCCCUGGGUGGUUCAUGUUUUUAUCGGUGACAAGAUGACGAUUCAUAUUUUUACCAAAGGACCCAGUGAGUCAUCUUAUUAACUCUACUGAGGUACAUGAUUGGCAAUAUUCCUACCACAUUAACCAACUGACUUCACAAUGACUGAGGAUUUAGAUCACAGAUUCAGUAGUCUCACUUGGGAUCAGAUAAAAAUACUGGAUCAAGUAUUAACUGAGGUAAUACCCAUUCAUGGAAGAGGAAAUUUUCCAACUCUGGAGGUAAAGCCAAAGGAUAUCAUUCAUGUUGUAAAGGAGCAGCUUACUGAGAAGCAAAUCACUGUUAGAGACAUCCGCCUGAAUGGUUCAACGGCUAGUCACAUCCUUGUGAAACAGAAUGGAACUAGCUACAAAGACCUGGAUAUCAUUUUUGGUGUUGAACUACCAAGUGAACAAGAAUUUCAGGUUGUUAAGGAGGCAGUUCUGAAUUGCCUACUGGACUUUUUACCAAAAUGUGUCAAUAAAGAAAAGAUCACUGCUCAGACUAUGAAAGAUGCAUAUGUGCAAAAGAUGGUCAAAGUGUCCACUGAUCAUGACCGCUGGAGCCUCAUCUCAUUGUCAAACAACAGUGGGAAGAAUGUAGAACUAAAAUUUGUAAACUCACUCAGACGACAGUUUGAAUUUAGCGUUGACUCCUUUCAAAUAAUACUGGACUCCAUGUUAAAUGUUUACAGUGAUACGGAAUGUGAAUUGAGAGAAGACUUACAUCCCACCAUUAUUGCAGAGAGCAUGUAUGGAGACUUCAAUGAGGCCAUGGACCAUUUAAAAUACAAACUUAUUUCCACAAGGAAUCCUGAAGAAAUCAGAGGUGGAGGCCUUCUGAAAUACAGCAACCUUCUGGUUCGUGACUUUAAACCAGCAGAUGAGGCUGAAAUUAAAUCUUUAGAACGUUAUAUGUGUUCCAGAUUCUUCAUUGAUUUUCCUGAUGUGGCUGAGCAGCAAAGGAAAAUUGAGUCAUAUUUAUGCAACCAUUUCAUUGGGGAAGAAAAGAGCAAGUAUGACUACCUGAUGACUCUGCGCGGAGUUGUAAAUGAGAGCACAGUCUGUCUCAUGGGACAUGAACGACGACAAACUCUAAACAUGAUUACAAUUCUCGCUUUAAAAGUACUUGGAGAACAAAACAUCAUCCCCAAUGCAGCCAACGUAACGUGCUACUAUCAGCCCGCUCCAUAUAUCAGUGACAGGAACUUCAGCAAUUACUAUGUUGCUCAUGGACAGCCACCUAUCAUCUAUCAGUCAUAUCCAUUUCAUAUACAAAUGCAAAGUGGAAUGGUUUAGUAAAAGUUAGCCUUCUCACUGCCCACCCCGCUCCCGCACUUGUCCAAAAUAAAGGCCUCGUUACAGCAAGUAUUACAUCACUCAAUGUCAUUUUUUGUGCAGUUUGCCAACGGUCUUUGAUCAGUCAGGGCUGAAACCACCAGUAAGCACAUCAUGAAAUAAUUUAUGUAUAUGUAAAAUCACUGGCCAUUAUUCAGCAAGUUCAUGAUGACCGUCAUAUGUUCUUAAAGCAGAUAUACUCUGUGACUGAGCUGUCUAUCCCUUUUGGCCAAAAAGAGAAAGAUAUUAACAAUUCUAAUUGUACAAAGUGCCAUACAUAGUUGUUCUAGGUUCUAAACCAUUCAUUAGCAUAACUUAAAUAGUGCAGCUGGAAAAAAUAUGCCACUAAGAUACAGAAUUUAAAGUUGUUCAGUAGAAACACCUGAUUUAAAGAUGAUAGAUUUAGAAAACAUUGAUAUUAUGGAUAUAUUGAACCUACGGGGCCAAAUUUGUUCCUCAGUUUCACUCAUAUAACUCUGCUAAAGUCUAUUUUGCAAUGCAGACUGUAAAAUCAUUUUUGGAAUUUGCAUUGAUUGACUGAAAUGAUGAAAUACCCCUCAUAGGUUAAGUGUUUCUCUAUGGGCUUUAUUCUGCAAGAUGUUGAACACUUCUCACCUCUCAUUAAGGACAUUAGCAGUUGAGGUCAUUCACCAGAGUGCUCAGCACCUUGCAGGAUCAAUCCAAAUUGUAGCCCUAUCCUGUAUUUCUUGUGCACUCCAUGAUUUCAGUAGGAAAUUUGAGUGUGCAUGUAACGCAGCAUUGGGCCCUGAGUCUGAACUACAGAUACCGAAGAUUGUAUAAGCAGGUGAUUUAAUUAUUCUGCACAAUUAGUUAUGAAAAGUAUAUUAAAAGCAUGAGGAAGAAAUUGAACAUUCAGUAUGUGGAAGCUUUCUUUCUAUACAUAUUUGAUACUGACCAGGAAAAAAAAAGUAAGUGUAAAUGUAGAGCGUAUGGUAAUAAUGAAAACAAUCAAACAAAGCCUCACCAGAACAGUACUGUGUCAUUUUGAAGUGAUUUUAAAAAAGUGUUCUUAGUUGCAUUUUAUAUGUCACUUUAUACUAGAAGUGUCCUGUAUACAUUUAGAUGUGCGCGCACAUAUACUAAUAGCAAAUUAAAAUCUCGUUCAUGAUCAGGAAAUAAAACAUUAUUGCAAGUUUUUGUGUGUGUGUUUACCAAAGAUAAGUUUUAAACAUGUCACUUAAGUGCCUCCUAGUGCCAAUUGUUCCAUGAAAGCCGUAAUGCAUUCUAGAAUUGGUCAUGCUGGAUAGCUCCUGAAAAAAUAUAUAUAUUUAUAUAGAAAGCUGAAACAUAUGCUGUUGGAACUCCACCCGUGGGUUAUCUAACAUAUCCUGUACCUACAAUGGGUCUGAUCCUGCACCUUUGAAGUGAAUGGGAGUUUUGCAAUUCACUUUAUGGUGCGCAGGAUUGGGGCUAAUUAACCUGAUCCUGUUCCCAGUGAAACUAACUGAGUUUUGCCAAUGACUCAAGUGGAAGCAGGAGCAGGGAUUGAAAAAAAGUCACGAAUGACAAAAACAUUUAGAGUGGAUACUGUUACAAAGUAAAAGCUGUUAGUCAACAUCAGGUUUUCUUAUUUCUGAUGCUUCAUAUGUCACUCUGCCGUAUCAAGAGCUCAUGAUGUUACAGGAUGUAGCAUCAUUUCACAUCAUGCCACGUUGGCUGACCAUUAUAUUAUAAAGUGUUAACUGUAUUUUACCUGUAUACAGAUAAUCUUAGAAAAAUAUUUCCUGUGCGUAAAAUGUUUGAUUUAUUUUACAUAGAAAUAUGCUACGUAUUGGUAUGUUAACUCAAACAUUUCCAAGUUUAUAGUUUCUAAUAUCUAUGAUCAUUUGCUUGCCAAUGAAAUGUAACUCUGCUUACUGACACUAAAAUGUCUGUAGAGUAGAACAUAAACAGCUGUUUUUUAAACAAGAUUUUGUUGAAUCUCAGCACUUGGGCUAGCCCCUUUCUGUAUAAUGUAGAGCAAUAUAAAAACUACUCAAUAAUAUGGAAUGAUGCAUGUGAAAUGAUUGUGCAAAGGAAGAAGGGUGCAAUAAUCCACUUAGAGGCAAAUUAAUCAUGUGAUGUCCAUCAUGAAUACAUUAUUUAUUAUCUGUUUCUUUUCUUGAUUUAUCAAAUAUGCCCUAUUGCUUGUCUCAGGGCGCAUUUCAUUUCACUUCCCCCACUAUGCUCAUGGAUUUCUUAUCCUGUCACUUGUGUAAACUGUACUUAAUAAAAUUGGCAAUUUAAAAUUCUAUCUUAUUGUAUUUGGUAAGGCUAUAUGGCACUUAAGCACUUCCAGAAAAUUUCCCCUAGUAAAACACCAGAUAAUCCACAUAUCUGGUGUAGUAAAUUUUUUUUGAUUCCGCUAGAUAAAAAAUUGAAUCUGUAAUUUUAUUCUGCUUUUCACCAAAAUAAACAGCACCAUAUAACCCCAUGUAAACUCAUUUAGACAUGACCCUGAUAAUACUUAUGCUCAGGCUAUAACUUUCAGCACAUAUAUAGUGUCAUUAACUUCAGUGUGACCACUCACAAGGGUAAAAUUAGGCACAGCUGGGAUUUUCAAAGUCUAAAGGAGUUAGCCAUGUAAAUCUCAUGGAAUUUCAAUGGGAGUUGGACCUUUUUCCUUGGGUUCUUCUGAAAAUACCAGUUCACAUGCAUAGGUGUUUGCAGGACUGGGGGUCUUAACAUGAUAAUGUUACACUAACUUAUCAAGAAACCCCCAAACCUCCUUGGCUGUUACUAGAAUUUUGUGAAGAAAUGUGACCUUCUGAAGAACCAGAAAACAGGUCUGCCAAGAAGGAGAGGUUUCUUACAGCCCGUUCAUACCCAACCCACCAUUAACUGGGGAAACAUUUCAGAAUGUUAGCAGUUUUGACUAACAAGCAGACGCAUCAUAAAUGUGACAUCUAUGUCUAGUAGGAUUAUAAUACUUAUUUGAGUAGUGGAGAUCUCAUUGUGAAAAGUACAGCCUACAAUGAAAUAGCUGAGGAUGUGCAUAAAGCAAUCAUAUAACAAUGGCUCAGAUUUAUUUUUUUUUAAUUCUGACACAUUUCUGUUUAUAAAUUCAUCCAGAUUAUACAAUGAGUUCCUGAACCAAAACCUAUUGAAGUUAAUGGAAUGAGUUAAAUUGACUUCAAUGGGCUUUGUUUCAGGCUCUAAGAGAACAUAAAGGACAUACUAUAGUACCUACAGGUAAAUGUACAAAGACACCAAUAUGCAAAAAUGUCUCAGGUAUAAUUAAACCCUUUUAAUUUAUUGAAAAGGUCUUGUAUUUCUUACCUAGAGGUAGUCUUUCAAUUUUGGAGGUUAUUGGAGGGUAAUAAUUUGAUAUACACACAUGUACACAAUUACAAAAUGUAACUUUUUUAACAUUUCAUUGAAUAAAUUACAUUGAUAUAUAGCAGCAGUAUGAACCUGGAGAUUUUUUUAAAGGUAGUACUGAUUCUGUAAAUUAAUUUAAAAUAGGGAUGUGAUAUUUUUAGACUGCUGCUUGCAAAACGUUGACAUCAACCUGAAAGAUACUAUACUGUAACUUCUUCUCCAGUUCUUAUCUAUUUUACAAUGUGCACAUAAAAAUCUCUACAGAGUUAAUUCUAAGAGACUUUUUUCAGUACCAGUAUCCUGAGCUACAUGUUUACAUUAUUUCUUGUUACAAUGUUGCAAUCUGUUUAAUAAUCAUAAUAAUGCCUGGAAAUUGUAAUGUUGAUUUUAUUUAAUCAUACUAAAAACUUCUCAAAGUUUACAGCUUAAAGUAACCUAAUGUCAGCACAUAAGUGUAAAGGUUUUAAGUGCUUUCUUAAAAAAUAUGUCAUUUGAAUUUUGUGUUAAAUUGUAAAAGGUCCAUUUGAAGCAAAUAUGUUCUGGUAUUUUGUUUAAAUUGUAAUUUGUGAGCUUCAUGCUCAACACAUUACAAGGUUUUUUGUGAUGGAUAAAAAGGUGUGAAAUUGUUCUCUGUUAUGAUGUUACGUUGUCUGUUGUGUUACAUUGAUCCUACAAAUGUGUAAAAAGUAAAACUAAUUGGCCUGAUUUGCCACUGAAUUAUUCCAAGUUCACACGUGUGUAAAUCUACUGACAUCAGUGGAGAUGGGGUGGCAGAAUCAGGGGGGAA